AUGAAUCCUUCGCAGGUUGUCGCUUCGCAAUUGGAAGGCGUCAACUUUGGCUGUCUAACGACUGCCGACAUUAAAGCAAUUUCCGCCCGGCGCAUCACCAACAGCACUACAUUCGAUACUCUUCUGAACCCAGUCCCCGGCGGGUUGUACUCAGCCGAGUUGGGCCAAUUUGGUGACAAUGCUUGCGCAACGUGUGGUCUGAAGAGCCCACAAUGUCCUGGCCAUCCGGGUCACAUCGAACUGCCCGUUCCGUGUUACCAUCCGACUUUCAUGGACCAGGUGCUGAAGCUUUUACGAGCAACAUGCAUAUAUUGUGGGAAGCUCAAGAUGAAGCGAGUGUUGGUKGCCCGAUUCGUUGCAAAAUUGAAACUGGUGCGAUAUGGCUUACUGAAGGAACUGGCCGAGCUGGACGAGGUGCAGGCAAAGGCGGGACAACAAGCUACUCCCGCCGACGGAUCAUCUGAUGAAGAGUCCGAGGGUGACGCCGAUGUCAAGGCGAUUACACAACAGUUCGAAAGGUUUGUGAAGAGGGCCAUCAAGCGGGCAAAGGAGAAUGGGGAGCUUUCAGAGAUGAAAACGGAGACAACGAAUAAUGCCCGCAAAGCCAUCAUUCGGGAGUUCAUGUCGAUUGUCGACAAGGGUAAGAAGUGCGGCAGCUGUAACSGUAUCAACCACCAGUAUCGAAAAGAUCGCUACGUCAAGAUCUUCAGAAAGCCGUUGUUGGAGAAGGAGCAUACUGCCAUGGUGCAAGCGGGCAUGAAAGCCAAGGAUCCAGUGAUUGAGUUGCGUCGGAAGAUGAAGGUUGAGAUCAAUCGGAAGAGAAAGCAGGAUGAGGAUGAAGCCGUGGCAGAUCUGGACAGGAGUUCAGAUGAAGAGGGCGAUGAUGUGGAUAUGGAUGAAGGAGAGGAUUCAUCAGAAGGCGAGCCUGAGAUUGCAGGCGGAAUGGUGGACGAUGUCACAACGGAGAAGCGCUCCUCUAGUACCAAGACUGCGCGGCAGGAGACAUAUCUCAAUCCGAGCCGGGUCUACGCACAACUGGUACAACUAUUCGAACGAGAUGGCGAAGUGCUAAGUCUCAUAUACGGCGCAGAUCGGAAAGGAAGCAUGGGGAUAUCCGCGGACAUGUUCUUCUUACACGCUCUAGUGGUUCCACCGAACAAGUAUCGUCCGGAGGCAAAAACCGGGAAUGAUGAGAUCGCAGAGGCGCAAGAGAACUCGCUUUACAAGAACAUUCUCAAUGCAUGUGACACCCUACAGGACAUCCAGCGCGAGCUUAGCGCAAAGGAGCCCCCAGCCGUAACACGGUACCGAGCACGAACGUAUGCAGACUUCGAAACAACAUGGCUUGUCUUACAGGAAGCGGUAAACAGUCUCAUUGACAAGAACCUUUCGCCUCUCCAGGGACGAGCUGGCGCCAGGAGCGCGGAUGGCGUCAAGCAGAAGCUGGAAAAGAAGGAAGGAAUGUUUCGAAAAUAUAUGAUGGGCAAGCGUGUCAAUUUCGCCGCCCGUACUGUGAUUUCCCCCGAUCCCAACAUCGAGACCAACGAAAUCGGAGUACCACCAGUAUUUGCGGUGAAGUUGACUUACCCAGAGCCUGUCACACAAUGGAACAUCGAAGACAUGCAAGAGGCUGUCCGAAACGGACCUCACAUCUGGCCAGGAGCGAUAUCCAUUGAAAGCGAAAACGGAUCUGUCAUGAAGCUAGACGGGAAGACUGCAGAAGAGCGGACAGCGUUAGCAAACCAACUCCUCGCGCCAUCUGCAAGCGGCAGCACGCGGGGGGCACGCCCAAAGAAGGUGCAUCGACAUUUGAACAAUGGCGACAUUGUCAUCAUGAACCGCCAACCCACCCUUCACAAGCCGUCCAUGAUGUGUCAUCGCGCUCGAGUACUACCCGGAGAGAAGACCUUGCGUAUGCACUACGCUAAUUGCAACACUUACAACGCCGAUUUCGAUGGUGACGAGAUGAACAUGCAYUUCCCUCAGAACGAGUUGGCCCGCGCGGAAGCGUUGUCAAUCGCCGACACAGAUCACCAGUACCUCUCGGGAACUGCAGGUAACCCAUUGCGAGGUCUGAUUCAGGACCACAUAUCCAUGUGUGUGUGGUUGACCAACCGUGACAUGUUUUUUGAGCGAGGAGACUAUAUGAAUUUGCUCUAUUCGGCACUUCGGCCUGAAAGCGGGCACUGCACUACUGGAAGGCUGGAAAUAUUACCUCCUACAAUCUUCAAGCCGAAGCCUCUGUGGACAGGAAAGCAAGUCAUCAGCUCUGUGUUGAAAAAUUUGACUCCCCAGGGUGCGCUUGGUCUGACGAUGGAGGGCAAAAGCACGACGGCCAAGACUAUGUGGGGAGUCGGCGGAAAGGAGGAGGCGGAUGUCAUCUUCAAGGAUGGAGAGCUCUUACAGGGAAUUCUUGACAAGAAGCAGAUUGGUCCCUCAUCUGGAGGUCUGGUCAAUGCCGUCUACGAAGCCUACGGGCACACGAUUGCUGGAAAGCUGCUGAGUGUGCUUGGCCGACUGCUGACGAAGCUCUUGCAUAUGCGGGCAUUUUCCUGCGGUGUUGAGGAUCUUAUCUUUACUCGCAAAGGAGAGGAAGAUCGACACCGGGCUCUUGCUGGCGCGCAGUCUGUGGGCUUGGAUGUUGCUGCGAAGUACGUGUCGCUCCAGGACCAGAAACCGAAGAGUGACAAUCACGAGCUCCUCCGGCGAUUGGAAGAUGUGAUCCGUGAUGACUCCAAGCAGCACGGUUUGGACCAGCUCACCAACAACGCCACAAAGGAUCUCAGUAGUGAUGUCUCCAAUCAGUGCAUGCCUGCCGGUCUUUCAAAGCCAUUCCCCAAAAAUCAGAUGCAGACCAUGACAACUUCCGGCGCAAAAGGUUCAAAGGUCAACGUCAACCUAAUUUCCUGCAAUCUUGGUCAGCAAGUGUUGGAAGGACGAAGAGUGCCGGUGAUGGUCAGUGGGAAGACACUUCCCUGCUUCAAGCCUUUCGAGUCGAGUGUCCGUGCUGGUGGAUACAUUGUAGAUCGCUUCUUGACGGGCAUCCGACCGCAGGAGUAUUUCUUCCACGCCAUGGCUGGUCGUGAAGGACUGAUUGACACCGCCGUGAAGACUUCACGUUCUGGAUACCUACAACGCUGCCUGAUCAAGGGAAUGGAAGGGCUGAAGGUCGAGUAUGACACCACUGUCCGCAACACAGAAGAUGGUAGUGUGGUACAGUUUCUUUACGGUGAAGAUGGCCUGGACGUCGGCAAAGCAAAGUACCUCUCCGAAUUCAAAUUCGCCGCCGAGAACUACAUCUCGCUCUACAACUCCUUUGACAUGGGCCAGGACCUUGGUAAACUGAUCAGCGAGGAAGCGAGAGAACACAACAGGGUCGCGGAGAAGCAAUACCGCAAGAGGGGAGAUCUAGGUGCUUCUGAUCCUGCGAUAUCGGUUUAUGCCCCCGCGCGUCACGCCGGGAGUAUGAGCGAGAAAAUGAUGAUCAAAGCCAAGAAAUGGGUAGAUGCCAACGAGGACAGACUCAUUAAGGAUAAGAAGAAGAACAUUGAUGGACCCGGAGCCAUCUCGAAGAAAAAUUUCAACGGUAUUCUGGAGAUGCGAUAUCUCAAAUCGAUUGUUGAGACAGGCGAAGCUGUUGGUGUUGUCGCCGGGCAAUCCGUCGGCGAGCCCAGUACUCAAAUGACGCUGAACACUUUCCAUUUGGCURGUCACGCUGCGAAGAACGUCACGCUCGGUAUCCCUCGCCUCCGAGAAAUCGUCAUGACUGCCGCGCCCAAUCUUGCGACACCGACAAUGACUCUUCGUCUGAAUGACGAUAUGAACGCAGAAGAUGCAAAGAAAUUUGCCAAGGGCAUCACCAAGUUGAGUCUCGCGGAGAUUGUGGACAAAGUCACCGUCACCGAGACUACAGGUAAAGGAGUUGCGUACUCGGAGGCGAAGAAGUAUGAGGUUGAGCUUGAAUUUUUCCCAGCUGCAGAGUACCAGAAGGAACAUGCGAUUACGAUUUCGGAUGUUGCGGCAACGAUCGAACAUCGCCUGCUUCCCCGUCUCCAAGCGUCGAUUCGCAAGGAGCUUAAAAAGCGUGGCGAUGCAAAGACUCUCAAGGCCGCUGCCAAAGAUGAUGCGAGACCUGAUAUCGGCAAGUCUGCGGGAACCAUCGAGCAGGAAAGUUCUCGUCCCGAAGGCAUGCGUGCGGGAGGCGAUGAUGAUUCUGAUAGUGAAGAUGAGGACGACGCCACGCGCGAUAAGGCCAAGAGCAACAAGCAACAGGCCGGUUACGAGGCUUUCGAAGAUGAUGAGGAAGACAAGAUCAAGAAACGCAACGCCACGCCUGAACCCGAGGACGAACCCCAAGAUGAAGCGUACGGUGGCUCUCCGCGCUCCACUGACGAUUCAGAGGACGAGGAAGAUGAGAACAAAGCCCGGAAAUCGUCAGCGAAAGACCGCGCAAUGCGGAUCAAGAGUGACUCGAAGACCAACGACGUUGUGUCCUUUUCCUUCGACGAUAAACACGGCGCCAGCUGUUCCUUUACGCUCGAAUACGACUCUGCAACCGCAAAGAUCCUGCUUCUCAACCUCCUCGAAUCCGCCCUUCGCGCUGCUUUGAUACAAUCCGUCCCUGGAAUAUCUUUGUGCAUGUUAGACGAAGAUGCUACCUACAAGGACCGCGAUCAUAACCCCGACAAGCACUUGAUCCUCGCUGCCUCUGGCGUGAACAUUCCAGCCAUGUGGGACUACCAGCACAUCAUUCACCCUCACUAUUUGUACACGAAUUCAGUUCACGAUGUACUGAUUCAUUAUGGCGUCGAAGCCGCUCGCGCGACGAUUGUGAGGGAGUUGCAGGGAGUCUUUGGAGGUCACGGAAUCAGCGUGGACCCCAGACAUCUAAUGUUGAUUGCGGACUACAUGACGAGAGAUGGAGUUUAUCAGGCAUUUUCACGAAUGGGAUACAGAGGAAACCCCUCACCGUUCAUGAAGAUGAGUUUCGAGACGACGGUGAAUUUCCUGAGGGACGCUGUGCUGGAGGGCGAAGGCGAGGACCUGAGAGGUCCCAGUGCCAGAAUCGUGGCAGGCAGAGUUGGAGGAGUGGGCACUGGCGGAUUUGAAGUUUUGAUGCCUCUGCAGGCUGAGGAGGGAGAUGUGAGAGUAAGAGGCGAAGGGUUGAUUGAAGAAGAUGAAGAUGUUGAAAUGGAGGACUGA